GUUCUCUCCCACAGACAGCGACACCGCGAACAUGGCAUCAGUUCAGGUCUCUUUGCCUCUACCUGUCCUGCCUCAGGGCUGGGCCGCGGACAGGGAUUUCAAGCCCAUCGGACACCUCAGCGACGCCAACGACCGCAACAUCGAACCCGUCGGCCCGCACUUCCUUGCGCACGCACGAAGAAAGCGACAUAAGCGUACCUUCUCCGAAGACGACCGCAUCCAGGCCCAGGUCAACGUGAAAAAGGUCGAGGAUGACGACGAGGACGAUAUCAGCGAGCCCGAGGACCCGCUGAUGCUGCAGCGGGAAGCCAAGGAUUGGAAGGGCCAGGAUCAUUAUGCCGUCCUUGGUAUCUCAAAGUACCGUCACCGCGCGACCGAGGAUCAGAUCAAGCGUGCCCACCGCAAGAAGGUGCUCAAGCACCAUCCCGACAAGAAGGCUGCCGCCGGCGGAACGGAGGACGAUCAAUUCUUCAAAUGCAUACAGAAGGCUACUGAGGUUCUCCUAGACCCAGUCAAGAGACGGCAAUUCGAUUCGGUGGAUGAGGCAGCGGACGUCGAGCCACCGACCAAGAAAGAGACGCAGAAGGGCAAUUUUUACAAGCUCUGGGGCAAGGUCUUCGAAGCGGAAGGACGCUUCUCUAAUGUCCAUCCGGUCCCGAAGCUCGGAAACGAGAAAAGCACGAAGGAGGAAGUGGAGAAUUUCUACGACUUUUGGUACAAUUUCGACAGCUGGCGGUCUUUCGAGUACCUCGACGAAGACGUUCCUGAUGACAACGAGAGCCGCGACCAGAAACGCCACGUCGAGCGCAAGAACCAGAAUGCCCGCCGCAAGAAGAAGACCGAGGAUACGGCACGUCUAAGGAAGCUGGUCGAUGACUGUUUGGCCUUGGACGAGCGCAUUAAAAAGUUCCGCCAGCAGGAGCACGCGCAGAAGAAUAAGCGUCGAAUUGAGAAAGAGGCGGAGCAGAAGCGUUUGGCAGAGGAGGCAGCCAAGGCGAAGGAAGAGCAAGCGAAACUCCAGGCGGAGAAAGAGGCUGCUGAAAAGGCCGAGAAGGCAGAUGCUAAGAAGGCGAAGGAAGCCGCCAAGAACGCUGCGAAGAAGAACAAGCGCGUUGUCCGAGGUGCCGUCAAAGAGGGCAACUACUUUCAUGGUGCGGGGGAUGCCCCAGCAUCGCAGAUCGACAGCGCGCUCCACGACGUUGACGCCAUCAUCACCAGGAUCGACAACGAGGAGCUAGCCACACUAACCGGCAAGCUGAACGGGAAGAAGGAUGCCGGCGAGAUUAAGCAGAUUCUCCAAGAUGAAGUCAAGCGACUGGUCGGCGCCGGCAAGCUGAAGGAGGGAGAGAUGAAGUCCCUCUCAUAGAGCAGACCUUCCCGUGAUCUUUACCAUCUUUCAGAUACUAUAUAGAUAGGUUCGGUGCUUGACACAGCUCUUAAUGCCAUGACUGCAGAUUCUCAAGGUUUGGUAUUUGCUUUAGUACUACAUGAGUCCUAGGGCCUUUGUCAGAGUUCCCACCGGCAUCUGGCCUUGCGCGUUCAGUCAAUAUCAACCCCAGAGGACCUUUACAAAGCGCACCUAACCUAAGCAGACCACAUCCGAUCUACCUGUGCAUGCCAACCCCUAUCGUCUAACGCCUGUGUCCUAUCCCU